GAUGCAGCCAAACUCAUAGUUGUUGAUAUGACAAGCUCUCGGGUAAUUCAAACUGAGCCAUAUAGUCAUUUUUUACUUCGUACGUUCCGCACCUGCAAAGAAAGAGUUUUGAAAUCAUGGAGGGUGGUUUGAGGUCUCCCCUCAAUCGGGCAGUUAGGAUGGCCAAGUAUUUGCUUGGUAAGGAUUUCCAAACAAGCAAAUUGACCUUUUCAUGCAACUUAGCAGCGCCAACAUAGCUUAUUUCUAAGUUUUACCUUUAGAUUCUUGCAUUGGUAUGCUACCAUACCCAAAACAGCGUUGCGAGAGUUUCAAUGUUGUAGACUUGUUGUCCACAUGUUCAUUCUAUAAGGGUGGUAACUUCGGCUCAAUCGCAGUCUCUUUCGUUUCUAAUGGUCAUACAAAGCAGUAUCACUCAAAAAUCUCAAGCUACAUAUAGAACAGCAUCCGUCUUUCGCAAAUCCAUCUUUGUCUCAUAUAUCCAAGUUUGCAUUCACAGAAUUGCCAUUCCACGCCUUUACUUUCUCAAUUCCUAAAAUGAGUCUAGAUAAGCAAGAGUCUCCCAUUCCUAUCGUUAGCAAUGACAAGAACAUAGGGAUAUUUGAAUCCCAAAACUCCUCGCCAAACCUCUCAUCACACGAGUCUACGUUGGACGGAAACAACAUGCAUACGGUAUCCAGUGAAGGUAGUGGUGCUUAUGCAGAGCAUGGUCCUGGAAUCGAUCAUAAGAUCCCACAAGAACUCGAGAUACAGUCCAAGCCGGACCUCUUAUGGAGUCGUGUUCGACAUACCAUGCGAGAACCUUUCUCGGAAUUCUUUGGUGUAUUUAUUUUGAUCUUGUUUGGAGAUGGUGUAGUUGCGCAAGUAGUCCUUAGCUCCGGCGAGAGAGGCUCCUAUCAAUCUAUAUCUUGGGGAUGGGGAAUUGGAGUUAUGCUUGGGGUCUAUGCUUCAGGUGUUAGUGGUGCUCACAUAAACCCAGCUGUGACAUUCGCAAACUGCAUCUUUCGAAAAUUUCCCUGGCGCAAAUUCCCCAUCUACAUGUUGGCGCAAGUGUUGGGUGCAAUGUGCGCCUCUGGUGUGGUCUAUGCAAACUAUAAAUCUGCCAUUGAUAUGUUCGAAGGGGGGAAUAACAUUCGAACUGUGGGUCUCAAUACAUCAUCUGCAGGCAUAUUCUGCACCUACCCCGCCCCUUUCAUGACAAAGACAGGACAAUUCUUUUCGGAGUUUGUCGCAAGUACGAUACUCAUGUUUUGUAUCUACGCUCUACAAGACAAUGGUAACUUAGGCUCUGGAAAUCUUACCCCACUUGGACUCUUCUUCGUGAUUUUUGGUAUUGGAGCUUGCUUUGGAUGGGAAACUGGAUAUGCUAUCAAUUUGGCUAGAGACUUCGGUCCAAGAUUGAUGAGCUACUUCCUUGGAUAUGGUCAUGAGGUAUGGAGCGCGGGAAACUAUUACUUUUGGGUACCUAUGGUAGCACCAUUCAUCGGAUGCCUGUUUGGAGGCUGGUUGUAUGAUGUCUUCAUUUUCACUGGUGAAAGCCCCAUCAAUACUCCUUGGAUGGGACUGAAGCGACUCAUGCCUGGGGGUCUCGGGAGUAAGAAAGUAGAUUCCAAAGUUUAAAGCCGACGAGAAAAAAUAAAGCUUGAUACUUAUGCUGAUCUCCACGGUACGUUAAAGAAAAGGGCGUUUCUGUGCCAAAUUAUUGAAUUGCGCACAUUUGGCUAGAAUCUCAAGUACUGCACAGGUGCCAACAGUAAUUGAUAUAAGUGAGAAAAGAAAAGAACAGACCGGCUAUUUCUGCCUUUCUUAUGUACCGAAACACUAGAUAAUACACUAAGGGGUCGGCGAAAUGUAUGAAAAUUUCCUAACAACUCUCAAGAUCACCUUGAAAAUUUAAUUUCUUUGAAUUAACAAACACCAUGUACCAGAAAGAUGGAUUUUAUUGUAAUGGGUCCGGUUACCAUUGGACCAGCCAUACCCCUUAGGGCUCUGGCAUCAAGCUAAUUACAUGUUAUAUACCUAUUCAGGCUAGCA